CAAAACGUACUUGUUCAGUCGCGCUGUAACCCUAGCGCCGCCAAACCAGGCUGCACCGCACCCCGUCGCCGGCCGGCCGGCCGCCCAUCAUCCCCGCCGCACCUCUCCGCCGAUGCCCACCCCGACUCCAGCAACGCCCUGCAGUUCCGCCGCCCCAUGGCCAUGGAGGAGGAGGAGAUAUCUGGGAAGGAGUUGUUGAGGCCGGACAACUCUCUUGCGGAGGAGGAGGAUGCGGCGGUGGCCAGUCGACUCGCCGAUGACCUAAUCGUGGAGAUCCUGUCCCGGCUCCCCUUCCGGUCCGUCUGCCGUUUCAAGUGCGUCUCUAAGCCCUGGCGCGACCUCAUCGCCCACCCCGCCCACCGCAAGAAGCUGCCCCAGACCCUCGCCGGCGUCCUCUACACCACCAUCACCCGUGCCGACGGCGAACGCUACCACCUGGCCGGCCUCUCGGCCGAGGCCGAGGGUCUUGAUCUCGACACUUCACUCACGUUCCUGCAGCCUACGGAGAACAGGUACUUAAGGCUGAGGCACGCCUGCAAUGGUCUCCUCCUCUGCUCCUACGACCCGGACGCGGAAUCUCAAGUCCGUUUUGUCGUCUGCAAUCCGGCCACCCGGAGGUGGGCGGAGCUGCCCCCUCGCCUGCAGUCGCGGCCAAACACACGAAAAUAUAUAAUAGAGCACCUGCACCCGGGCCCUCUCUAUCUAGCCAUCCAUUUUCUGCAUCGCGAUUCGUGCAAAUACAUUUCUCUUUUUUGCUUCUCUCACAUAAAACAUGUUUUGAAGUUCAAACCUUUGCAGGCUGGCAAAGAUUUCUAG